AUGGUUCUUGCUGAUAGAGGUGUUGUUUGUAUUGAUGAAUUUGACAAGAUGAAUGAUCAAGAUCGUGUGGCUAUACAUGAAGUUAUGGAGCAGCAGACUGUAACAAUUGCCAAAGCUGGUAUUCAUGCAUCACUGAAUGCUCGAUGCAGUGUUGUGGCAGCUGCAAAUCCCAUUUAUGGAACU